AUGGAGUCUAGAGAGAGAGAGAGAUUACCCGUAUUCGACCCGUUACUCGGCUCGUACCCGUCCCGUAUUCGACCCGUUACUCGGCUCGUACCCGUCCCGAAAAAAGAAAGAAACCAUGGGAGACGAUAUUAUGUUGCGGUGAAUCAAGAUGUUCGAGAAAGUAAAUCAACUUUGUUAUGGGCUUUGAAGACUCUUCAAGUCAACAAGAUUUUCCUUCUUCACGUUCAUCUUCCAUUUUCCUUGACCACUUCUUCAAGUGGUCUUACACAAGGGGAGAUCGAUGCAAUCCAAGAUUUAGAACUCAAGACUUCAUACCGUAGCCUUUACAAGUACCGUGAUAUCUGCAUAAAAAAUAGGGUUAAGGAAGAAGAUGUGGACAUAUCAGUGAUCUCAAGAUAUGAUGUGGGUGAAGGUAUUGUGGAACUCAUCUAUGAAAACAAUAUCAAGAAGCUCGUUGUGGGAGCAGCAGCUGAUCCUCACUACUCCAGGGGAAUGGGUAUCACAUCAAGAAAAGCAGAGUAUGUGCUUCAACAUGCACCUCAGAGCUGUAACAUGUGGUUCAUCUGCAAGGGGAAACUCAUCGAGACAAGAGAAGGAAGUUUCGACCUUGGGAAUCCAUCAGAAUCAUUCUCAGAAUUCUCAACUUCAGCGGAGAAACCAAGCAAAGGAAGAAGAAGGGAUGAAGAUGAAGCCGAGUCACCUAAAGAACAACAACCAGGUUGGAUACUGGAAAACGAGGAAGCAGCAAAGAAAGUAAGGAUAAGGAAAGAACCUGUGAAUGUGAAGUCGAAAAGCAAUGGGAGUGAAGCAGACUCAUCAAGUCCAUGUCUUCCUCCACAUGAGUAUAUGUGUCCUAUAACGUUGGAGAUAAUGGGAGAUCCGCAUGUGGCAGCUGAUGGAUUCACAUACGAGGCAGAGACAUUCAGAGAGUAUCUAAGGACAACAGGAGGGAAAAAGAAGUCGCCGAAGACAGGCGAGCCCCUUGAGAAUCACAAACUCAUUCCAAAUCACACUCUUCGUAUAGUCAUUAGGGAGUGGCUGGAGAAGCACCCUAAUUAUAGUCGUGAUUAAAAACCAUUAUCUUCGUAUAGUCAUUAGGGAGUGGUUUUUUCUAUACAUUGUUUAUACAACCAAAACCAAAGUAAAGAGCUAGUAGAGAAGGAGUGGAUAAGGACUGACAAGGAGUACAAUGUCUUAAGACAAAACAUUAGCAUCCCAUCGACUCUUAGAGCAUAUGCAUCAGUAGAAACUAGAAACUAUACAAAUUUCUCAGAUAUAUUAUUUCAAUAUAAUUUAAUUUUUGGUUUUAAAUUAAAAUUAUAAAGAGUAAAACAAAAUCAAUAAAAUAGUGACAUGUAGAGAGGUUCUCAUAUGUUCUCAUAUGAUAAUCGUUUCUCUCAUCUCUCUCCACCUUUUUAUUA